GCAGGAAAAAAUACCACACCUUCCGGCAUGAGGUAAAGCUUGGCGGGACGCCGUAACUUUUCCAGCCUUGGACCACCGUUAAAAGACAACAGGACAAUGAACACAACCGUAGAAAGGAAACGCCCUCCGCCCGUCAAAGUGUUGUCCGGUCAGCUGAGGACGGCAGAGAGCCGGGGUACAGCCGACAGCGGAGAUGGAUGUGUUAUCAAGCUGGGCAGGGGUCGCUCUCUGCUGGUCUCUUUGGUGUGGAUGCAGGGGACUGUACUGGAGGUCCAGCUGGACAUGAACACCGUGCUGCUGAUGGAUGAGACGGGAACCUUUGCUGUUCAGGGCGUCAACAACAUCCCCAAAGGGAAACCAUGUUUGGCACAAGGCAAAUAUGUCAUGGUGAUGGGUGUCAUCCAGGCCAUCUCCCCGGAGCCAGUCAUCCGUGCAGUGAAGAUGGCAGACCUCUCCGAGCGCGGCGCACUUCACAGACUGAUGUGGAAGGUGGAGGUGGAGGACCUGCAGCAGGUGCUGGCCUGAAUGCAGAGCUGUUGGUGGAAAUGCCGCCUUGCUGGUGACAGAACGACCUGCGUCUGUCGUAUGUAAACCAGCUGGUUAUUCAGUGUCGGAGUGACUAACGAGAAAAACUACCUCCCAGGACUGAACAGCAGAUUCUCCUAGAUGUCGGGCUGCUGACUGGGAGGUAUUAUGCCAGAUGAGUUACAAUGACUGACAUGAGAAAACUGUGUUUACGCUGUGUGUGAGAUGCUUAAGUUACAGAAAUUAUUUCCCGCUUGGCAUCUUCUCCAAUGAGUUCAGUUUUCAAAGUGGGGUUUAAUGCUGGAUUUAUAGUUGCUUCUGAGGGUUUACGUAGCUGGAGUGCACCUCCUCAGGACAGUUGCUUACACAGUUACCUACUUUAUGAGCAACCAUCAUCCUAACAUUGUUACCUCCUGUAAUUGAUCUGCUUAUGCUUGCAGUGGAACAAACAUCCAGAUACCAGGGCAUCUUGCAUCAUUAUCUUAUCUUUGGAAAUGUCUUGUCAGAUUAUACCACAAUCAUCUUUGUAAGAAUUUGGUAUCGUUUUAGAGCAGAUGCAAGAUGGUUAUACAAUUAAAGAAAGAUAACUUAGAUUUUCAAGUACUCUGCUCUACUUUUAUUUUCCAAAAAACAGAAUUUAAAUAUUUAUACCUAUACUGUUUUUCAGUGACAAAAUAUUUAGCUCCAUCUUGAAAACAAUUUGAUUACAAUGACAUUUUCAUCAAAGUUAAUUUCUGCCUGUGAUGGAAUAUAAUAAACUAAAAUUUUCCAGUAUUUCCACUUAAUAGUAUACAUCUUGGACAGAAAUAUUGUAAAUUUCCUCCAAUCAUUUGACAGUUUUUAUAUAAAAAGGAGCUUUAAUUGGCUUGAAUUCAGAAGGUGUGCGGUUAUAUUUUUCUGUUUUCAGUAAGGAAAAUAUGUGAAGGAAUAUUUCCUUUGACAUGUCGUGAGUUUUUUAUUAGACUAAAAGCUGAGCGAGCUUGUGUAUCGGACUACCACUUCUAGAGGUACAAAGUGAUCUUAGGAGACGGGACGGCCCAGGGGUAGCUCAUUAGCAUGCUAACUUCAGUAGACAUCUUUGCAACACAAUAUAUAGACAUUGAAGUGUUAAUUCUGUCAUUCUGACACUACUCCGAAGGAUUCUUUCCCUUGCCUUGAGUACUUUAGUACUAUAUUUGAUAUCUUCUGUACCCUUUAUAUCUACAUAACUUUAAGAUUUUCAGUACAGGAUUAUUACACUUGGAAUGGAAUACUAUUACAGUGUUGUAUUACUACUUAAUUAAGUAAAUGAUCUGAAUACUUCUUCCACCCCUGGUUAGAAAUGUGUACUGAAUAAAACACAGCAGUUUAAACACA